AUGGUGCAGACUUAUCAGAGUCCGGUUCGUGUAUACAAAUAUCCAUUUGAAAUUGUGAUGGCAGCAUAUGAGAAACGUUUUCCAACUUGUCCCCAAAUCCCGAUAUUUGUUGGCUCUGAAAUUACCUAUGAAUAUCAUUCGGAAGAUGGUGCGGAAGAAGUAAUUGAGCGCAAAUGUCAGCUAAAUAUCGAUGCGCCAUAUCUCGUCAAAAAAAUAGCUGGUGUUGAUUAUGUUUACUUUACACAGAAAAAUUCGCUUAAUCGUAGAAAACGGACGCUUAUCAUAGAAGCAACAAAUAUUUCUUUUGCGACCAGAAUCGAUGUCAAGGAAACUUGUUUUUAUUACGUUCAUCCUGAAAACAAUGAAUGGACUUGUUUUGAACAAAGUGGCUCACUGGAUGUUAAAUCAUUCUUUGGUUUUGAAUCUACGGUUGAGAAAUUGGCAGUGAAGCAGUAUGCAGCCAAUCUUGCGAAGGGAAAAGAAGUGCUGGAGUAUUUCAUUAAUGAACUGAUCAAAAGUGGUGUAACGUUUAUUCCUCCAUACAAUGAUACAACAGAAUCAGCGGCUGAUUCUGCGAUUGAUGUUUCGCGACCAGUUGAUGACGAGGAAAAAGAGAAGGAUAAAGCUGGCUUGGAAAUGGUAGGACAGCGUAGAUCAUCCUCUCAUAGCCAAAGGUUUUCUCUUACCGUGAAAUCAUCCAUUGGUUUACCUCGGAAGUCAAUUGCACCUCGAAAUUCCAUCGAUGAUUCUGAAGCAAGAUUGGAAGCGGAAUAUAUUCGCCGUUUUUUGGGACAGCUCAGUACUCUAGAAGAAAGUCGUCUUUGCGAAUUGAAAUAUGGAUUACAGGAUACUCUUAAGGGGAAACUCCCGAAUGAUGCUCAUCUGCUACGUUUUUUACGUGCUCGCGAUUUCGAUGUGGCUCGAGCGAGCGACAUGGUACAGAAAAGUGUUAAGUGGCGAAAACAACAUAAUGUGGACAAAAUUUUGCAAGAGUUCGAAGCACCACCUAUUUUAAAACAGUUUUUUCCUGGUUGUUGGCACCAUAACGAUAAAGAGGGCAGACCAGUAUUUGUUUUGCGUCUGGGUAAGCUCGAUAUGAAAGGUUUGUUGCGGACAUGUGGUAUGGAAACGAUUAUGAAAUUUACAUUAUCAGUAGUCGAACAAGGGCUUAUUAAAACGGCUAAAGCCACAAAAAUGCUUGGUGCUCCCAUAAGUACGUGGACGUUGCUUGUUGAUUUGGAAGGUCUAAGCAUGAGACAUCUUUGGCGUCCAGGAAUUCAAGCCCUAUUACGAAUAAUUGAAGUUGCAGAAGCACAUUAUCCGGAAACAAUGGGACUAGUUUUGAUAGCUCGAGCACCACGUGUCUUCCCAGUUUUGUGGACACUUAUUUCACCAUUUAUUGAUGAAAACACAAGAAAAAAGUUUAUGAUAAAUGCGGGUGAGCCGGUGAUUUCUGAACUUAGAAAAUAUAUCGAGGAACAAUAUAUUCCAGAAUUUUUGGGUGGAACGUGCUCGUGUUUUGCGCCAGAAGGUGGUCAUAUUCCCAAGAGCUUGUACAAACCGGUGGAAGAAACCGUAAUAGAAGACGAUGUAUUGAAAUCAACUUACCAGUCAGCGAACAUUUAUAAGGGAACACCACAUGAAGUGGUUGUCAGAGUGACUACUGAAGGAUGCGUUCUCACAUGGGACUUCGAUAUUUUAAAGGGUGAAUGUGAAUUCUUGAUUUAUUAUACGGAAAAACAAGUAGAGGCGAACAUCACACCGAAUUCACCCUCUGUUCUUACUUCUGUUGAAAGAGUGACGGCAGUUAUAGGAAAUACUGUUACGAAUUCUGCAUUGCUCUGUGAUCCGAAAUUAACUAUUGGAGUUAAUUUAAAGUUAGAAGAGAAGCCUGUGCAAUUCACAGAAGGCGAUUCAAUGCAAGGUUCGCAUUAUUGUCCCCAGGCAGGUUUUUAUAUCCUGCAGUGGCGUCAUCUCGAAUCAGUACAGAAUCAGUCCUUCGAUUUUUCUUUGUCUGGUCACAAGUGCAAAAUUAUGUAUUAUCACGAAUUGUUGGAUUCCUUGGAUUUUAGGGGUUCAGUGGCUUCAUUGGAGUCAUGCAGGUCAUCAUUUUCAUCACUCGCUGCUGCUGCACCAUCUGUUGCUACUCCCACAUCAGCUCGGAAGAAUUAA